UCCUGCCUAUUGGCCAAGUAUCCAUAAGAAUUUAGAAACCCUUGCGGAGCGGAGCGGAGACGAGAGCCCUCUUUUCCUUCCAAGUUCAAGUAGAAGUAGAGCUUGAAGUAGAAGUACUCCUCGCAAAGCCCCUCUCUCUCUGUCUCUCUCUCUCUCUCUCCCCAAAAUCCACAAAUAUCCAGUUACUUAGUAAGGCAAAACCCUCGUUAAAUCCAUUUCCAACAUCCUUCUUAAAUUUUUCUUUUUUCUUGAUCACAAUGAGUGACUCGGCCGCAGAUGACUCCAAACACAUCGAGGAGCUCUACCUUUACGUUGAGCGUCUCAACGAGGCCACGGACAAGUCCCAGAAUGUGAAGGACUACCAGGGUAUCAUCGACACUGCCAAGUCCAGCAUCAAGGCCAAGCAAUUGGCCGCUCAGUUCAUCCCCAGGUUCUUCAAGUUCUUCCCCACUCUCUCGGGCCCCGCCAUCGACACGCAUCUCGAUUUGAUCGAAGAAGAAGAGCUCGGGGUUCGGGUGCAAGCAAUUAGGGGACUUCCCCUUUUCUGCAAGGAUACACCAGAACAUAUUGCAAAGAUUGUAGACAUUCUUGUGCAACUCCUUGCAUCCGAGGAAUUUGUGGAGCGUGAUGCCGUGCAUAAAGCCCUUAUGUCCCUGUUGACGCAGGAUGUGAAAGCUUCUUUGACGGCCUUAUUUAAGCAUAUUGGGAGUGUUGAUGAACCGAGUACGGAUGAAGUUAUUCGUGAGAAAGUUCUAACAUUUAUAAGAGAUAAGGUUUUUCCCAUUAAGGCUGAACUGUUAAAGCCUCAGGAAGAAAUGGAAAGACAUAUAACUGAUUUGAUAAAAAAGAGUUUAGAAGACGUAACCGGCGCAGAAUUCAGGAUGUUUAUGGACUUCUUAAAGAGUUUGAGCACUUUUGGAGAAAAAGCUCCCCCAGAACGCAUGAAAGAAUUAAUUGGAAUUGUUGAAGGACAAGCUGAUUUAGAUGCACAGUUCAAUGUUUCAGAUGCGGACCAUAUUGACAGGUUGAUAUCGUGCUUGUACAUGGCUCUUCCACUUGUUGUGAGGGGUGCUUCAAGCAGCAAGUUUCUCAAUUAUUUGAACAAACACAUUAUACCUGUAUUUGAUAAGCUUCCCGAGGAGCGAAAGCUAGACAUGCUCAAAGCCCUUGCAGAAAUUUCUCCUUAUACAACACCACAGGAUUCUCGUCAGAUUCUUCCUAAUGUUGUUCAGCUAUUAAAGAAGUACAUGCCCCGGAGGAAGACAGGGGAAGAGAUGAACUUUACUUAUGUUGAGUGCUUGCUGUACACAUUUCACCAUCUAGCUCACAAGGUUCCCAAUGCCACUAACAGUCUAUGUGGUUACAAGAUAGUGACUGGCCAACCAUCAGAUAGGCUUGGGGAGGACUUCUCAGAGUUAUGUAAGGAGUUCACUGAAAGGUUGAGUAAUGUCGAGGAGUUAACCAGGGCUACCAUGAAGAAAUUAACUCAGGGGAUGGCUGAGCACAACAAAGCUAUGGCUGCUGCCAAAUCUGAUGAAGCAAAGGAAGGCAUUAAAACUCAAAAGCAGAAUACUACAACUGGGUUGCGGACCUGUAAUAACAUUUUGGCAAUGACAAAGCCGUUGCAUUCAAAAACACCUUCAUUUACUGGAGAUAAAAGCAUCAACCUGUCUUGGAAAGAAGCAACAAAACCUUCUAUUCCCUCUGCCACAGCUACAACUGGAGGAAAACGACCUGCUAAUGCUACUAAUGGAUCCAGCAAUGUGACAUCCAAAAAGGGCCGUGGAGCUGGUGGUUUACCAAACCAGCUAGUUAAUAGAGCAUUAGAAGGUUUGUCUCAUGGUGGGAGAGGUGGGACUAGGGGCAGAGGCAGGGGUUGGGCUGGACGUGGGAGAGGAAGAGGCUACCGGUAGCCUAGGUGCUUGCUGGACUAGAAUUCACAAAUUCAACAUCCACCGGGAAGUAUACGACUAGAAACCAUUUGUUUAUUCUUGUUCUCUGUUGGAGCUAGAUUUGAUUCGUAGAGGAAGCUGAGUAUCUGGAGACUUCUUUGUGGUCUAACACUAGGAAUCAUAUUGCUCUGGAGCUUAUCUAGUAGCUUUUAGUGCCUCAAGAAGUUAUUAAUCGUUUCUAAUUCAACUGAUGAAAGCAGCAGCUGGAAUUUUAUGGAAUCUGUGCAUGCCUCCUACUCCGUGUAUGCAUAUAAUAACUUGCAUUCCGAGAAAUGAUUUUACAAUUCUGAAAAUUUGUAGAAUAUAAAUUGUUUGGUUGAAUGAGAACUUGAGAAAACUGAUACUAUUCUGAUGAGUGUCAUUACUUGUUAUAUAACAUGCGUGGCCUACAUUUACGGAGAAGGAAUAUCUAAGACAGUCCGAAAGAAAGCUUUAUAUUGAAACAAGCGCAGCUUUGAUCUCAGCAAAUUUUCUUUUUGCUGCUUUUGAACAUUCAGGAAUGCAUGGCUUCUGUUUAUGCAAGCGAGGGGUGACGGAUUGGGGAUAGCAGAACGGCAGGCUAGCAUUUAUUUACAUCCGAUUUGAAGCUUCUUCAUUUGUACUGGAUGUGUCUGCCAGAUUUGGAGUUCUUUGAUUCUUGGUAUGGAACUGUCUGAUUAAUUCAAUGGCCUUCUUCCAGACGCUAUUAUCGAUUCGGAGUAUCACGAGUAGCAACAUUUCCUCGGAAAGCAUCUUGAUUUCGACAACAAAUCAGGGAUAGCAGAUGACUAAUGGUAGAUGUAGAAAAAGGAUAUUGGAUAUGGAACCCAAAAGCUCUGGAUGCUAGGCUAUUGGGUUUGUUGGAAGUAAUGUUUGUUGAGCGCUCAUGUGAGGGAGUCAGCAAUUGUUCCCCCAGUUUCUUGAAUUCUCCCUUCUCCUACAGCUGUAGAAUGGCUGUAGAAAAAUCCCUGGCAAUUGGCUACCCUUUCUGGAAGGCCUGAGUGGGGAAACAACAGAAAACUCCCUUUAGGUUUUAACCUAGUAAUAAUAAUAAAGCAGCAAUUUGGGA